AUGUCCAAGUCUAGAAUCGCCGUCUUCGGUGCCACAGGCAACCAAGGCAACUCUGUCGCCCGCACCAUCCUCACCGACCCCUCCCUCUCAGCCAUGUACAACGUUCGCGCUCUCUCGCGCUCUACCACCUCCCCCAAGAUGCAAGAGCUACAGUCUCUCGGUGCGGAGCUAUCUGCAGCCGACAUGGACGACCCCACGACGCUCCCAUCCGCCCUAGCAGGCUGCACGCACGUCUUUCUGAUAACAACAACGCAAUACACCGGCUUCACGCGCGAAGUCGAAACACGUCAAGCACGCGCCGUAUGCAGCGAAGCCAUCAAACAGGGCGUCAAAUACAUCAUCUUCAGCUCCAUGUCGCACCCGUUCAAGAUCAGCAACGGGAAGUUGAAGAACGUAGAGCAUUUUGACGACAAAGCUGAGAUCGAAGAGUAUAUCCGCGGUUUACCUGUGCAAAGCGCGUUCUUUGCUCCGGCAUCGUUUAUGCAAAAUUUCGAGGGCAUGAUGAAGCCCCGUCCUUCUCCUGCGAAUGAUGGUACGUUCGUACUGGGGGAUAUCUUGCCGGGCGAUACUCCUGUACCGUACAUCGACAUCACCGAGACGGGAAAAUGGGUUGGGGCUAUCCUUGCUGAACCAGACAAGUACGCAGGCAAAUUCUUUGCUGCAGCAGAGGCGUUCUAUACGCCAGAUGAGGUCGCCGAGAUCAUGAGCAAGGUGACGGGGAAGACAGUCAAGCAUGUUCAGCUUCCAGAUGAGGUAGUCAAGGGAUUUUUCCCGGAGGGGUUCCGGGAGCAGUUGUAUGAGAUGUUCGUGUUGAACAGGGAGUAUGGGUAUUAUGGCAAGGGGCAGAAGGUGGCGGUUCAGUGGGCGAAGGAGCAGGUCAAGGGGGAGUUGACGGGAGUGGAGGCGUUUUUGAGAAAGAACGGCUUGAAGUUGGAGUGA